UCGCUCGAAAUAAAGAUACAUCCAACCGUGUCUUCGUGUGUGCAUUUAACUUUCUUAGCAAAAGCAGACAGAAUGAGCCUACAACAAGCCUGCAUCUUCCUCCGAGGGGGGAAAAGGAGACAACGAAAUCUAACUCACGAUGAGGUAGAAGAAUUACGCGUGGCAUUUGUGGAGUUUGACAAGGACAAAGACGGCUUCAUCACCUGCAAAGAUUUGGGCAACCUGAUGAGGACGAUGGGUUACAUGCCGACUGAGAUGGAGCUGAUAGAACUGAGCCAAAACAUCAACGUCAAUAUGGGAGGACGGGUGAACUUUGAGGACUUUGUGGAAAUGAUGACCCCCAAGCUCCUGGCUGAAACUGCAGGCAUGAUUGGACUAAAGGAACUUAAAGACGCUUUCAGAGAGUUCGACAUCGACGGCGACGGUUCGAUCACAUCUGAUGAGCUGAGGCAAGCCAUGAUGAAGUUACUGGGAGAGCAGGGCAACAGAAAAGAAAUUGAAGCAGUGGUGAAAGAAGCUGACCGCAAUGGGGAUGGAACUGUUGACUUUGAGGAGUUUGUGAAAAUGAUGUCACGGAAGUGAAGGCGUCAAAAGAACUGCAAAUGCAUUUGUAUUCUCUGCAUAUUGAAGACAGCCUGCAUUACUUCUCCUUAUUCAUUUUUAUGGAAUAUAAUUUCUCUUUGAUUAAAAAGGCAAAGAAAUGUACAGCAUAUACCUGUAAAUGCGCUAAUACAGCUAUAUCGGUUACAAAAGGGGAGUUUGCAGCUUUUAAAACAAACUUUAACUUUCACUUUUAUACUUGUUAAAGCAAAUGUGAUAUGACAGUUGUCCAUGAUUAAUAUUAUCUGUGAAGAAAUGCAUCCUUUGCAUCUAAUUUGAGCUACAAGAGACCACCACGCAUGAGGAAAAACAACCAAUCUGAAGACAACAAAAGGUGAAAUUUCUGAAGUCUCACUCAUUUGUCUCACGCUAACAGGCAUCGUGGGCACACCCGGCAGCCUCACGCUGACCUUGUUUGCCCGGGAAAAAAAAACCUUAUUCAUAAUGGAGUAUGACCACACUAAAUACUAUUGGCUUUAAAUUUCAUUUUUUGCAAAGCCGUGGCAGUGUGCCCACAAUAUAUGUGCUCACAAGUGUACACCAAAUGAUUGACACAGCGUAAGUAAUGCCUUUUGUCUGUCUUCUUAUUGGUUGUUUUUCCUCAAGCGUGGUGGUUCCUCGUAUAUCAAAUUAAAGGGCCAAGAUUUUACCAGAGAUGGUAAUUUUUUUCCACACAUAUUUAUUCAAUGUCUAUUGCUGUUGCAUUGUUUUGUAUUGUAUUAUUCUUUGUUUGUCCACAUGCUGGUUAUUUCAGUGUACAUUAUCAAAUAUGAGUCAUUAGAAAAUGUAAAAUACAAUAUCCAAAAUAAAUUAGAUGCUAAAUUAAAAUUGGGCAAUGCAUUGUAAUCUCAGAAUUAAAAGAUGAAAAUACAUUGCAUACA